AUGAAUCCGCACAUCUCUCUCCCCCGCCAACAUGCCUCAUCCACCUUUGGCGUGUCAGCGCCAGCAAGCCGAGGGUCCAGUAUACGGAUGCCGCGUUUCUUCAAGAGGCUGUUCAAGUUUCCCCAGAUGGACUUUGAGAUGGCCAUCUGGGAGAUGACUUCUUUAUUGAUUGCGCCAAAGAAGGUAUUCAAAUCCAUCUACUAUCAUAAACAAACGAAAAACACAUGGCAUCGACCCGACCCAUCAUUCACCCAUCUCCUCUCCUUCUUCCUCCUGCUUACAGCUCUCGCAUGGGGUCUCGCCUAUACCCCCUCCUUCGGGUCCAUUUUUCGCCUAUCCUUUUUCUUCAUAUUCUUCCACUUCAUCGGGUCGUCACUGCUCAUAUCCACCGUCGCCUUCUUUGCCAUCGGCCGACUGUUUGGACCUGACGGUGCGGCCGCGUCCCUGACGGGAUUCAGGGGAUCGCGCGGCCGGAGACGAGGAGCCGCGCAAGGCCUCUUCACGCAGCCGGGCGAAAAGGAUCAGUUGGAGUUCGGAUACUGUUUUGAUGUCUCCAGUCGUGCAUUUUUCCCUCUGUACCUUCAUCUUUACGUCGUCCAAUUCCUCCUCCUACCCCUCCUCACCCGCAGCGGUAAUUUCCUUGCUGCGUUCCUCGGAAAUACGCUCUAUCUAUCGGCGUUUACUUACUACACCUACAUUACUUUCCUGGGGUACAACGCCUUGCCCUUCCUGCAUAACACGGAAUUACUCCUCCUUCCGAUCUUGGUCUUUGCGGUUCUGUGGCUGGUGAGUUUAAUCGCCGGCUGGGGAGUGGUCCUGCAAGGUCACAGUGUGGAGGGUCUCUUUUGGGGAGUUUAA